AUGAAAAAUGGACCACAUCUAAAACUAAAAUCGGGUCAAGUUAUAACUGUUCAAAUGGAUUCUGUAAUAAUAAGAUCGGCUAACCCAUAUUUGGCGACUCCAGAAGCAACCAUUCAUGGCCAUUAUGGAGAAAUCCUUUAUCAAGGAGAUAUUUUAGUUACAUUCAUAUAUGAAAAAUCGAGAUCCAGUGAUAUAACACAAGGUCUUCCAAAAGUGGAACAGAUAUUAGAAAUACGUUCGAUUGAUUCAAUAUCGAUGAAUCUCGAAAAAAGAAUUGAUGCUUGGAAUGAGUGUAUAACAAGAAUUCUCGGCAUUCCUUGGGGAUUCUUGAUUGGUGCUGAGCUAACUAUAGCGCAAAGUCGUAUUUCUUUGGUUAAUAAAAUCCAAAAGGUUUAUCGAUCCCAGGGAGUACACAUCCAUAAUAGACAUAUCGAAAUUAUUGUGCGUCAAAUAACAUCCAAAGUCUUGGUUUCAGAAGAUGGAAUGUCUAAUGUAUUUUUACCCGGUGAAUUAAUUGGAUUAUUGCGAGCAGAACGAACUGGGCGUGCCUUGGAAGAAGCAAUUUGUUACCGAGCUUUAUUAUUGGGAAUAACAAAAACAUCUCUGAAUACUCAAAGUUUCAUAUCCGAAGCGAGUUUUCAAGAAACUGCUAGAGUUUUAGCAAAAGCCGCUCUUCGGGUCGUAUUGAUUGGUUGA